UUCGAAAAGCAUUGUGGGAUUGGAUGCCGGUGGAAAGCUUCUCGAAGGAACUGCAAAGAUGAUGCCCACACCGGUUAUCCUGCUGAAGGAGGGGACAGACACGUCUCAAGGCGUUCCCCAGCUUGUCAGUAACAUCAAUGCCUGCCAGGUGAUUGCUGAGGCUGUCAGGACCACCCUGGGGCCCAGGGGGAUGGACAAACUGAUGGUGGAUAGCAGAGGUAAGGCCACCAUCUCCAAUGAUGGAGCCACCAUCCUGAAACUGCUGGAUGUGGUUCACCCUGCAGCCAAGACCCUGGUGGACAUCGCUCGCUCCCAGGAUGCUGAGGUUGGGGACGGCACCACCUCCGUCACACUCCUGGCUGCUGAGUUCCUGAAGCAGCUUAAGUCGUACGUGGAGGAAGGUCUCCACCCUCAGACCAUCAUCAGAUCCUUCCGCACCGCCACCAACCUCGCCGUCAACAAGAUCAAGGAGAUCGCCGUCUCUGUCAAGAAAAACGACAAGCAGGAGCAGAGGCAGCUGCUGGAGAAGUGUGCAGCCACAGCCAUGAACUCUAAGCUCAUUGCUGGUCAGAAGGAAUUCUUCUCCAAAUUGGUGGUGGACGCUGUCAUGUCUCUGGACGAGCUGCUGUCGCUGAAGAAUAUUGGCAUCAAGAAAGUCCAGGGAGGAGGCCUUGAGGAUACCCAGUUGAUCUCUGGGGUUGCGUUCAAGAAGACCUUCUCUUACGCUGGGUUUGAGAUGCAGCCUAAACGCUACGACAACCCAAAGAUUGCUUUGCUCAAUGUGGAGCUGGAGCUGAAGGCUGAGAAGGAUAACGCAGAGGUCCGCGUGAAAUCCGUUGCGGAAUACCAGGCCAUUGUGGACGCAGAGUGGGACAUCCUGUACGACAAACUGGAGAAGAUCUACCGGUCAGGAGCCAAGGUGGUUUUGUCCAAGUUGCCCAUCGGUGAUGUGGCCACCCAGUACUUCGCUGACAGAGACCUGUUCUGCGCUGGCAGGGUGCAGGAGGAGGAUCUGAGGAGGACCAUGAUAGCCUGCGGAGGCUCCAUCCAGACCUCAGUAAACGCCAUGACAGACAAUGUCCUCGGUCAGUGUGAACUCUUCGAGGAGGUCCAGCUUGGAGGAGAGAGGUAUAACUUCUUCAAGGGCUGUCCGAAGGCGAAGACAUGCACCAUCAUCCUGAGGGGCGGAGCCGAACAGUUCACAGAGGAGACUGAGCGAUCACUGCACGAUGCCAUCAUGAUCGUACGCAGAGCCAUCAAGAGUGACUCCAUUGUAGCGGGUGGAGGAGCCAUCGAGAUGGAGCUGUCCAAGUACCUGCGGGAUUAUUCCAGGACCAUCCCGGGAAAACAGCAGCUGCUGAUCGGAGCAUACGCCAAGGCCCUGGAGAUCAUCCCCAGACAGCUGUGUGACAACGCCGGCUUUGACGCCACCAACAUCCUGAACAAACUGCGCGCCAAACACGCACAGGGCGGUAUGUGGUACGGUGUAGAUAUCAACAACGAGGACAUCGCAGACAACUUCGUGGCGUGCGUCUGGGAGCCGUCCAUCGUGCGGAUCAACGCUCUGACGGCGGCGUCGGAGGCAGCCUGCCUCAUCCUGUCAGUGGAUGAGACGAUCAAGAACCCACGCAGCAGUAUGGACGGCCCUCCUGGCGGUGGCAGGGGCAGAGGGCGUGGGAGACCCCAUGCUCACUGAGAGAAGCAACAACAGCCCAUUUUAAACUGGUGUUAAAAUCCAAAUGCAGAGCGAGGACUGUUUUCAGUACCGGUCAGGUUACAGUCACACAUGUGUAGCUUGGCAUGUUUCACCUGCAUUUGGAUUUGAAUUCUAGGUCAAAUUAGGCGCAGUCACAUUGCAAAUGGCAGGUGUAGUGGAACAAAUAAAAGGGGGGAAAUGUAAAGUUCAUCCAGCAAUUUCAGUUUACUUUGUCAAACAUAGCUGACAUUUCUUGUGUUUUCUUUGUCACCUGAAGUUUUUUCUUACUGUAGCUUUCACUUGGUAAUGUCUGUUUAACAUGUCAAGCACUGCAUUUUUCCGUGUGUAGCCAUUUUACUGAGCAAUGAUAUUGAAAUACAAGAAGAAAGACAUAAAUCCCCCUUGGUUUUGAGCCAAACACUCCUGUUCUCUCAAAGUCAGCUUUUCCUCUGACCUGAAGCAGCCGUUCCAUCAUUUCUAAUCUGGUUUUGUGACAUGUAACAUGGGAAGUAAAGCACUGAUAGGAUGUUAAGCAGUUCUGAACCAUUCAUUGGUGAGGCUGUGUGAAACUAUUUAUUGGACCAUUCUAAUCAAUAAAUUCACAGCUGAAAUCUAA